AUGGCGACCACAGCCCUCGUCCCGAGGGCCAAGCCCUCCUACUAUCCUUACCCUUACAGUAUUGAUCCCUUGACCGACGAGCUCAAGCGCGGUCUGAUUCCGGUCGGCAUCUUCGCUCUCAUAUCUGUCAUGGCAACCCUGGCCCUGCUGCUGUGGAUCACAUAUCGUCUCGUGUCCUGGCGGAGGCAUUACAGGGCGUACGUUGGUUACAACCAGUACGUCUUGCUGAUUUACAACCUGCUGCUGGCCGACCUGCAGCAGUCGCUGUCCUUUAUGAUCUCCUUCCACUGGCUCUCCGAGGACAGAAUGGUCGCGCCCACGAGCGCGUGUUUCGGCCAGGCUUGGCUCGUCCAGAUUGGCGACAUUUCCAGCGGCAUGUUCGUUUUGGCCAUUGCGUUGCAUACCUUCUUUUCCGUUGUCAAGGGUCGUCAAUUGCCUUUUAAUGUCUUUUUGAUCUCCAUCGUCUCCAUUUGGGUCUUUUCGCUGUUCAUGACCAUGAUCGGACCGGCGAUGCAUGGUCAGAAGUUCUUCACCAAGGCUGGUGCUUGGUGCUGGAUUUCCGAGGAUUACGAGAACGAGCGUCUGUGGUUCCAUUACUUCUGGAUCUUCAUCAUCGAGUUCGGAACAAUCAUCAUCUACGCCCUCAUCUUCCUCUACCUGCGCAAGCAGCUCGCCUCGAUCCUUUCGGCCUCGCAGUCGCGGACGCCCGACAUGGUCACCAAAGCAACACGGUACAUGAUUGCGUACCCGUUGACCUAUGUCAUCCUUACCCUACCACUGGCCGCAGGCCGCAUGGCCGCCAUGACAGGCAAGACAUUGCCAACAGUGUACUACUGCAUCGCAGGUACGAUGAUGACGUCGUGUGGAUGGGUCGAUGCGGCCCUGUACGCACUGACAAGAAAAAUCCUGGUCUCCGACGAAAUCGAUCAUCGUGGCAACAGUGGACGCAACGCGCACAACUCCGGCUGGGAAAUCACCAGCUUCGACAAAGGCGCCGGUGGAAUCACGGCCGCAGACCACACCGUCACCAUCACUGGUGGUAGAGGUACGCGCGGCAGCGUCUCUGGUAGAAAGGAUCCUGCGUUCAUCUCGACGGCGGAGCGUGGUCGUGCCGCUGCCAGGAAACAUGGGAACCACCACCGUCGUGGUUCCAGCCCUAUCUCGCGCGAACCGAGCCCGCAUGGUAGCACGGAUUCGAUGAUCAAGAAUGAUCUGGAGGGCAUUAUUGGUGUGCGUGCCGAAACUAAGGUCGAAGUCACUGUUGAAAGGGCAGGAGACUUCUUGUCAGAAGCCAGCAGCGAGGUGUCUGGGAAGACACAUGAUGGAAAGAGGGCCAGCAGCCCCGAUUGGAGCCAUUGA